AUGUCAUCGUUUUCGAAUCGAAAUGUUCGUACAGUGCACAGUGUUUCGCGAAGUCAACCUCCAGAGAUUCCUAGAAGAUGGAAUAAUCCAGAGGAUUUGAGAGAACAGAAUGUUCCGGAAGAUACGGAAAUACAAAGUACUAAAGUGAAGCAUAUUAGACAACAAAUGAUGGAAUAUAGAACACUUUUGAAAUGUCAACAAUCGUUACGGUUAGCGGAAAAUAUGAGACAUCGUACGAAGCAAAGAGCAAUGAGAGAGAAGUGUAAAAGAUAUAAACAGGAAAUAACUGAUACGAAAAAAUUGAACGCCACCUUUCAAGAAAGUUUUUACCAGUUAGAGCAACAACUUAUUCAUUGUACCCAACAAUUAUUUCAUCUAGAAGCGGAAAACGAACGCGAACGAAGAAAUACGAGUCGUCUAGAAGAGAAUUUUGAGCAGAUGAUGCAAAUGUUAAGUCAAGCCAGAAAAAAACUGCAAAGAAAAAUCAUAUGUGAAUUUUACGACAAAGAAUGUUUUACAUGCAAAACGUAUCGCUGA